CAAUAACCUAAAAUUGGGACACUCCAUAUACAGGAAGUGUAGAACUCACCUUUCGUGGCCAGUGUAGGGGGCUAGGGUAAUUUGCCCCACAACCUCUUUUGUGUGGGCUGUCCAAAUUUCAAUCCAGUUGUAGAGAAUCCCAUCCUUAAAUGAAAGCUGUUUUGUUUGAUUGACCAUGCACCGAGUUGUCCAAAUUCUUGCACUUGGUCGUAAUCUUACCAUACCAAAUUAUAAGCUGAUCACCAUCAUCUUAUAAUCUAAAAAAUUACUUAGACAAACUAACAGGAUGUGUACCCUGACUAGUCGUUUCUCUUGCAUUUGGACAUUACACAACCAACUCUCAUUAAAUUAAUCAAUUAAAUAAGAAUUAAAAGCUCAUUAAUUUGGUCAACUCUGCUUGUUACCUUCUUUCACUGCUCCAUGAUUCAACUCUACCUCCCCCGGGCUAUUGCUAGCUCUGCCCAACCACCCUCUGAACUUCCCAUACAGCGAAGUACCGCUCGCUCUCUGACACUCAGUUGUCCACAAUCUCUCUCGUUCUCUCCUCACAAACCCAGAAAUGUCUUCCUUUGCCGACAAUAUGAGCUAACUCUUCCCACUUGCUUUCCUCUCCCUCUGAGACCCCGAGUCCGUACACCCAUUAAAGCCCACCAAUGAGUAGCCGGAGAGACGGGCCCUUGAUGCGGAACACGGCGCAGUCGCUUGACAAAUCGAGGGUCGCAAUCACCGCGGCGAUCGGAGUCGGAGUCCUGUUGGGUUGCGUCUUCGCCUUCUUGUUUCCUCACGGCCUCUUCUCCCCAGCCCGUGUUUACACUUCCCGCGUCUCCAAUUCUAACAAUGCGCAGUUGUUUGUUCACCAGGUUGGUUCAGCCCCUUGUGAAUCGUCUGAACGGAUGAACAUGUUGAAAUCGGAGUUUGUUGCAGCAUCGGUGAAAAAUGCCGAGUUGAAAAAAACAGUCAGGGAGCUUACUGAAAAGCUUAGAUUGGCUGAACAAAGGAAGGAUCAGGCGCAGAAGCAGUUUCUUGUGUUGGGUAAACAGCAGAAAGCUGGACCUUUUGGUACUGUCAAGGGCUUAAGAACCACCUAUACCAUGGUGCCUGAUGAAUCUGUGAAUCCAAGAUUGGCAAAGAUACUAGAGAAAGUUGCUGUUGAGAGAGAGCUUGUAGUUGCUCUUGCAAACUCAAAUGUGAAGGACAUGUUGGAAGUCUGGUUCACUAAUAUUAAGAGAGUGGGUAUAACCAAUUAUCUGGUUGUUGCUUUAGAUGACGAGAUUGCUAGGUUCUGCAAGUCAAAUGAUGUUCCAGUGUAUAAGAGAGACCCGGAUGAAGGUAUUGAUUCUGUUGCGAGGAAUGGAGGGAACCAUGCUGUCUCCGCGUUGAAGUUUCGUAUUCUGAGGGAGUUUUUGCAGCUGGGUUAUAGUGUUCUUCUAUCAGAUGUUGAUAUUGUGUAUUUGCAGAAUCCUUUUCAUUAUCUCUAUAGGGAUUCUGAUGUGGAGUCCAUGACUGAUGGUCAUGAUAACAUGACAGCUUAUGGCUACAAUGAUGUCUUUGAUGAACCUGCAAUGGGAUGGGCGCGAUUUGCUCAUACGAUGCGGAUUUGGGUCUAUAACUCUGGUUUCUUCUAUAUUAGACCAACAAUCCCUUCAAUUGAGCUUCUGGAUCGUGUAGCUGGUCGACUUUCUAGAGAGCCAAGGUCUUGGGACCAGGCAGUUUUUAAUGAGGAACUGUUUUACCCUUCUCAUCCUGGGUAUGAUGGGCUUCAUGCUGCCAGGAGAACCAUGGAUUUCUAUCUUUUUAUGAACAGCAAAGUCCUCUUCAAGAGUGUGAGGAACGAUGAUAACCUGAGCAAGUUCAAACCGGUAAUUGUUCAUGUAAAUUAUCACCCUGAUAAGCUUCAGAGAAUGAAAGCAGUUGUGGAAUUUUAUGUUGAUGGGAAGGAAGAUGCACUCAAACCCUUCCCUGAUGGUUCAGAUUGGUAACAUGUUUCUGGAAAUGCCUUUAACAAUUUAAGAGAGAUUUCAUCUUUUGUGAGUUUUGCUCUUUUUUGCUACAUUUUAAAUUUGUGAAUUACUUUUGAAAUAUAUUCCUUCUACCAUGGGAAGGAACUGUGAUGAAUUUUUUUUUGA